AUGGCCAGUAAAAGGAGCCGCGCCGCCUUUGAGGCAGACCUGCAGGCGCGCCAGUCUCCUUACGCAUUAUACGGAACUCCGUUACCCCCACUAGACGAUAGCGUGCGAGACGACGGAUCAUAUGCGCCCAUCUGGAAGCAGGAGGUGACCGAUGACCGGGGAAGGAAACGCCUACAUGGUGCCUUCACCGGUGGGUUCAGUGCCGGGUACUUCAACACCGUCGGGUCGAAGGAAGGAUGGACUCCAGCAACCUUUGUGUCUUCGCGCCAGAACCGCGCCAAGGAUGUUCGACAGCAACGACCAGAAGAUUUCAUGGAUGAGGAGGAUGUUCGGGAAGCAGAAGAGGCCAAGAGACUGCAAACUGCCGAUGAGUACUCCGGCUUUGGUUCUACAGAUGCCGAAUUGGCGCGCCGCGGAGGGUUGAUGGACCUUCUGAAAACGAGCGGAGAAACUAUGGGGGUGAAACUUCUGAAGAGGAUGGGGUGGCGAGAAGGCCAGGGGAUUGGGCCCAAGGUGCGACGUAGAGCUGACCUCGGGGACGGUAUGUUGCAACGUGACGGAGGAGCUGAACAAACAUACCUCUUCGCGCCCGAAAACCCGCCAAUGGUUGCCUUCAUCCAUAAGACCGAUCAUAAGGGCCUUGGAUAUGAAGGAGAGGCCCGUCUAGACGCUCAGCAAACCAAAGCAAACGAGUCCGACGACGAGGAUAAUGAUGCGUUCUUCGGAAAGCGGCUAAUGGCUCCGGGGAAGCCGAAGCAGCCCAAAGCGAAAGGACCUCGACGCGGGGCGUUUGGUGUCGGCGUGUUGAAUGAUACUGGCUCGGAUGACGAGGAUCCCUAUUCCUUAGGCCCACAGAUAUCUUACAACCGAGUCAUUGGAGGGGACAAAAAGAAGAAGAAGAAAGCAAAGCCUGCUGAGGAUGCGAGAACCCUCCCCAGUUCGUCAAACCCGCUUCUCAGCAACAAACCCGUAUACAUACCGAAGAGGGUCAUUGCCGCCAACGGUGCCGCCGGUUUUCGAAAGUGUUCUGAUGGUCGUUUACCUUUGGAAGGAUUCUUGCUUGCGGAGGGAAUUUCAAGCCUCUCAAUAUCCUCGCAAGAGAAGAAGUAUGCGCCACCAGAAAUCCCCAAGGAUUGGAAAUCCCGCAAAGCACCGACACAGGAAAGGGAUGUCUCAAACUACGUUUCUACGGCUGAGGCAGCUAAAGCUUCGUCAAUGGAUCCUACCGCAAGAGCCGCUCUCUUGGGAGAAGCACAACUUCCCGGAAAGUCCAUAUUCGAUUGGAUGACUCCCGAGGCUCGGGAAAGAAUCGUGAAGCUUACAGGGAAGACCGAUCUGCCGCCGGCGCUUGGUGAAAAAGCCCCUAAAGGUUACGAGGUCUCAGAAGCGGAGAAGCGCAAGGAUUUAUGGGAUCUCGUACCUAAAUUGGACAAGCAGGUAGCCGUCCAGGCACUCACACGAGCAGCCAGUGGUUGGAUGCCGUAUUCGGAAGACCUAAGCAAACGGGACCGCUAUCGAACAUUCCUACAAGUACGAGCUGGACUCCGAGACAGUCUCCCGGACCGGGUUGCCGGAUCAACUACAGAUGAAUGGGCUGCGGAACUACACGAAUUUGCGCGAGCGGCGGAGGUCUUCAAGCCGAUGUCUGGGCUCAUGGCAUCGCGAUUCACCUCUGCCAGUUCCGGACCCAAAGAGUCGUCCGACAAGUCUGACGGAUCUCCUUCGGCGGAGCCGUUGCUUAGCAAGCCCGCAGCAAAACCAGAGGACCCUGCAGUGGAGGCAGCGAAGAUUGGCAUGUUUGGCCCAAUGACUCGUAGUAGCAUCUCUUUCUACCCGACGCGUCUCUUGUGCAAACGAUUCAAUGUUCGGCCCCCCGAGCAUGUCCAAAUGGAUCCUGGUGCGCCAUCGGGACGCGCUGAAGCCUCAGCCCCCGGGAGCCGGUUCCAAUCGGCAGGUUACCAGACCGCUUCCGGGCCGAAAGAGUUAGUUUCGCGGGAUGUUAUGAACCAGCUCAUGCUUGAGGCUGGCGGUGGAUCUCUGGCAGCUUCAGACGCGGCCUCGCCGACGUCAUCAGGGCCAGCGGGGAGUCGGGCACCAGUGGUGGUCGAGCCAGAGCGCAACGAAGCUCUAGAAGCCGAGCGGCCGGGCGAGGCGGUGUUCAAGGCGAUCUUCGGCAGCGAUGAUGAAGACGAGGAUGAGGAAAUGAGCUGA